GAACGGGAAGGAUCGACAUUGGUAACACAAAGUUUGGCAGUUCCCGUAUUAUUUCGAAAAGUGAAUUGGGCAAGCAGCCGGGGAAGGGGAACACCUUUCCUAAGCCAUGGCUAAAGAAACGAUAUCUGGCAUCACUGCUGCUCCCAGCAGCCCCCGUAACAACACAGCAACUCCUUUUCUAACCACAGCCCAGCCUAGCAUCAUUGAAGGCAUUAUUAACAAAAUUCCAUUACCCAGAUGGGCUCUCAUCGCGAUUGCUGUUGCAGUGGGGAUAGUCCUCCUGCUCUUCCUCAUCUGCAUCAUCAAGUGCUGCUGUUGCAGGAAGAAACACAAGAAGAAGGAGAAACUCAACCUGGCUAGCAUCAAUGGCUCCUCCACCACGGCCAGCCUGGUCCAGCCUGAUAUGGAGGACAUAGAGUGCGGACUGGAGGAUGAGAAACGAGGACGGCUGCAAUAUUCCCUGGAGUAUGACUUCCGUAGCCAGGAGAUGAAGGUUGGUGUGAAGCAGGCGGCAGACCUGAAGGCCAUGGACAGUGGAGGUACUUCUGAUCCCUAUGUGAUUGUCUACCUGACAUCUGAUAUGAGGAAGAAGUAUGAAACAAAAGUGUACCGUAAGACGCUCAACCCUGUUUUCAACGAGAGCUUCGUUUUUCAGAUACCUCAGGCAGAGGUUGCUGAAACCACACUGGUGAUGCAGGUGUAUGAUUUCAACCGCUUUUCCAAACAUGACAUCAUUGGUGAGAUGCGAGUACCUCUUGGUGAUGUUGACUUGCAGCACGUUAUGGAGCAAUGGCAUGAGCUGGCAGCAGCUGGCAAGAUGGAGCAAGAGCGCCUUGGGGAGAUUUGCUUCUCGCUCCGAUAUGUCCCCAGCACUAGCAAAUUGACGGUGGUCAUCUUGGAAGCCAAAAAGUUGAAGCGGAUGGAUGCCCAUGGACUAUCAGAUCCCUAUGUUAAAGUGCAACUUAUUCUGAACAAAAAGAAAUGGAAGAAAAAGAAGACGAGCAUAAAGAAAAAUACGUUAAGUCCCUACUUCAAUGAGGCGUUCCUUUUUGAAGUGCCCUUCAACUUGAUCCAGAAUGUAGACCUGGUGAUUUCAGUUUGGGAUCAUGACAAAAUGACCAAAGACGACCAGAUUGGGAAGGUGUUCCUUGGCUGCCGAGCUACAGGCAACCAGCUGCGCCAUUGGUCAGAUAUGCUGGCCAAUCCCCGCAGGCCAGUAGCACAGUGGCACAGCCUGCAGCCUGUGGAAGAUAUUGACAAAACCCUGGGGUUGAAGACACGCUUCAAGCUGCCACUGCCCAACAGCUAAACAAGAAGAGCUUCUCCACUGGAGACGGGAACCCAUACUGGUUCUUGGACGGAAGGGCGAGAUUGCAAAGGAAGAGCCGAUAGCACAAGUUCCUAUGGAACAUCAGGAUCAAUUAAAGAUGUAGUUAAAAGUAUUCAGAGCAAGAGAAUUAAAUAUCCCUGGCCACGCAAAGUGCAGUUGUCUCAGGAUAACAGGAGUCCUUAUGUGACGGGAUCACAUACGUCUACAAUCUGCCAUCAUGGAAUGAUUCUACUAUUUCAGGUUGAUGGGGGAGAGAAGUACGAAAGAUGCAUAAGAUUGUACUUCUGGUACAAGAUGUCAUGCAAGUUUGGGCUUAAAGUGAUGUUAUUAACAUGUUGUGUGGGAAGGGCAGUGUACAGACUUGCAUAGAGCUGGUAUUUCCACCAGGCUGAAGGAGGAGAGAAGAAGAACCAGGAAAUAAAUAUAAUUGCAGCCAUGCUCAUUAGCCAUGUAAAUAAUUUAAAAAUGAUAUAGUUCAAGCCAUCUAGGCAGCCAUGAAUAAACUGCUGGUUAAAUGCAAAGAAAGAAGUAGAUGUCCCUUUCAGAUUUGCUGCUAGCUAUUUUGGGUAGAUUUUUAAAAAGUUUUCCAGAUGAGACAAAUGUAUUAAGCAAGAGUCUGAAUAAACUAUAUUGUUUAUCAAGGAAAA